AUGACGAAGACAUGUGUGGUUGGGAUUCUGAUACUACAAGUGUGCUGGCAAUGGAUGGGGAGUGGAGGCGAGAGAGUAGUGACGAGGAUGGACCUGCCAUCACCGGUGACCGGGCCGGAGUCGCUGGCAUUCGACUCCAUAGGAGGAGGACCUUAUACCGGUGCCUCUGACGGCAGAAUCUUCAAAUUUGAGAACGGGAUCUUCGUCGAAUUUGCCUACACUUCCCCAGUCAGGAACAAAACAAUAUGCGAUGGAAUUGCGGGAUUCUCAGCCCUGCAACAAACAUGCGGGAGGCCCUUAGGAUUGGGGUUUCACAACCGCACGCAGCAAUGGUACAUAACGGAUGCAUAUCGGGGCCUGGUCACGGUGCCUUCCUAUGGAGGCCGGCCGACCCCGGUCGUGACGUCGGUAGAAUGCCGUCCUUUCCGCUUCCUGGAUGCUCUGGACAUUGAUCCUUCCACUGGAAUUGUUUAUUUCACUGAAGCCAGCUCUAGAUUCCAGUUCAAGGACAUGCAGGCACUGCUCUCCAGCAGCGACACUUCAGGAAGCCUGCUGAGUUAUGAUCCUCGAACCGGAGAGACCAGGGUGUUGCUGCGGAAUCUGGCGCUGGCAGCUGGGGUGGCGGUGAGCGGAGAUGGUUCAUUUGUGCUGGUCACCGAGUUCUUGGCCAACAGAGUGCAGAGAUUCUGGCUCACAGGUCCUGCGCAGAAUAGAUCUGAACUUUUCUUGCAGCUUGGCGGCAGCCCCGAUAACAUCAAGAGGAAUUCCAGAGGCGACUUCUGGAUUGCCGUCAACACUCCUCUCGGACCCCCCUCGGCAACCACGUAUUUGCCUCUCGGAGUCAGAGUCAAUGCGGGAGGUUUUAUUCUGCAGAUUGUGCCUCUCACUCCAAUAUAUGGUAAUCAAGAAGCUAGCGAAGUUCAUGAGUUUAAUGGGGCCCUCUACUCCGGCUCCAUUGUUGCUUCUUAUGCUACUAUUUUCAGUCCCUAG